AGGUGUGUUUGAGCAUAUGAAAAAAAAAAAGUCUGCCCAAGUUCUUACGGAUGGGAGGAAGGAAAUAUACAUCUGCUGCGUGAGUGAGUCACAGGUCUAACUAAACACACCACAGCAGCUUCAAAGCAGCGUGGAAAACAGGGACAGUGCGAAUGUGAAGAAGGAUGGCUUGCUUCAACGGCUGUCACUGCCUCGCUGACAGGAGGCAAAACAGUAUCCUCUACAGCAUUUUAAAAAACGACAAACAGACGGAGCUCCACGCCCGCGUACACCAAGGCAUCGCCCAGCAGGCUUGCUCUUGUGGAUCCAAGAAAAAAGUAACGCUGAGGUGUCAGCAGAUCACUUGCAAGGCAGCUUCCGCGGUCUUGGUGAAGACGCUUAAGUUUAUCAAGAACGUGCCUUGCUUUCGUGAACUGCCGGGGGAUGAUCAGCUCCUGCUGGUGAGGCACUGCUGGGCACCGCUGUUAGUGCUUGGCAUGGCACAGGACCGAAUUGAUUUUGAGACCACCGAGACGCCCGAGCCCAGCAUCUUAGAAAGGAUCUUAACUAACGGCCAGGGAAUUCAAGAGGAUCCCCAUCAGCAAAAUGACCUGCUUUCCAUCUCUGAAACCCAAGGCAUUAAAGCGUUCCUGGGCAAGUGUUGGGGGCUGGACAUAAGUACCAAGGAGUACGCAUACCUGAAAGGAGCGGCUCUGUUUAAUCCAGAUCUGCCAGGGCUUCACUGUCAACACUAUAUCCAUGGUCUACAAAGAGAAGCACAACAAGCACUUAAUGAAUAUGUCAAAAUGGUUCAUAGGGAAGAUCCUGCUCGUUUUGCCAAACUGUUCAUUACACUUUCUAUGCUCAGAAACAUCAAUGCGAAUGUCAUCACUGAACUGUUCUUCAGACCCCUCAUUGGUACUGUAAACAUGGAAGAUCUUCUGUUGGAGAUGUUUUAUGGCAAAUAAUACCAUCAUCUUGUUGUUACUGAACAAUGGUACUGAAAUGACAAUAAGCUGCUUACAAAAAAACAUAGCUCUUUU